AUGGGCGUUGCUGGUGGGCUGGGCGUGCUCUUAGCUCCUUCCCUCUACUCCGGGGUCUGGCGUCGAUUAGUGGUGGGUUCGUACGUGGGUUCGUACAGAGCCUGCGGCUCUCUUCGCGUCGUUGCGGUGGUAGUCGGGCUCCUUGAUGAGGUGCGACAAUCUAAUUGUCGCUUAGUGUCGCUUUUACAGUUGCCUGGCCUGACCAGGGCUUUGAGGCAGAUGGCUAUCGUCAACAAACUAAGGCUCGGCCUAGUCGUACUAGCAGAUCUGUCUAAACCUGGAUAUUGUGUCGCUGUCCUCCAGCCGAAUGAGAUGAUCUUAGUUGCUCGCGGCGCUGAGGCGCUAGCAAGGACGCUAGCGCUAAGCGAACUAAUAGCGUUGCGCCAGUCGCACCCCCUAUAUCCUGAUUGGCUGCACGGGCAGCUCGACCGUCACACUGGGCUUCCUGAGAUGAAUGAUGGGUUUGGAUAUGAUCCCCAGACAUACGAUAACGCUUCAUACAACGGCGGGCUAUCUGAAGUGAAAGGUGCGAUUUGUACGCUUAGCUCAACCAUCCCUCCGAACUUGCCUGGUGAUAUUGCUGUGGGUGUUGAGUUGUGUUGUCUUCUUAGUCGCCAUUCAACCUCGCCCCCGCCCCCUCCUGGGCUGUUGCCGGUCCAAGGUUACCUCCCGUACUGGCGGCGAAACUUGAUGGAGGAAGUACUAAUAGGAAGCAUGCUGGGUCUCAUGGGUGCAACGAUACACUGCAAUGUUUCGAGUCCGCUCGGCGUCUCGAAUCGCUGGCUUCACGGGCCGCUAUCCAUACCGGGGAAGAUAGCCAACCAUAGAAGAACGGCUUGGAGUUCGAAGCAGCGAUCAGGCUUCAGUUUGCAACAAGAAGCAGAAGCUGGGAAGAUUGUUGGCGAGAUUCAGAGUGGGCUCGAACACUCGAGCUCGCUCCCACGCGUGCGCAGGGGCCAAAUACUGCUUUACCUCAGCAGUAGUCUGGAAACCGCCUUGAAAGCCUCCAUAGUGGCAUGCCACUUGUGUCUACUAGUAUAUCUGAAUAUACGGCAGGAUAUGUUGAAUAUACACCUGCAAGCCGAUAGUUCCUUUAGCAUUGGUUGA